AUCGUGAAGCAUGCUAGCUAAUCCAACAGUUUGAAGAUUGAGAAAGUGUCCAAGUGAGUUAUAGCUAAAUUUGUUAGAGGCAAUGUCCGCGUUCUCUGAAAUGACUUAAGGAAGCGGUGGCUUAAGCGUAUUGGUGGAACAUAACGUUAAAGAGUAUUGGCAGAAGAUGAUAGAGCCAGAGCUAUUGACUGAGGUCCCUGCAGCCCUUAAACGGCUUGCUAAGCAGGUCGUAAGGGGUUUCUAUGGAGUGGAACAUGCCUUGGCCCUGGAUGUGCUCAUCCGCAACCCAUGUGUACGAGAGGAGGACAUGCUGGAGUUGCUCAAGUUUGACCGCAAACAACUGCGCUCAGUACUCAACACCUUGAAGUCAGACAAGUUUGUCAAGUGCCGCAUGAGAGUGGAGACGGCACCUGAUGGCAAGACAACACGGCACAACUACUACUUCAUCAACUACAGGGUACUGGUCAACGUGGUCAAAUAUAAAUUGGAUCACAUGCGACGCCGCAUUGAGACAGAUGAGCGAGACUCCACCAACCGAGCCUCCUUCCGGUGCCCCUGCUGCUCCUCCACCUUCACCGACCUAGAGGCCAACCAGCUAUUUGACCCAAUGACAGGUACAUUUCGCUGCACCUUCUGCCAGAGGGAGGUAGAAGAGGAUGAGUCUGUCUGUCCUGACGCCAGGACGCUGGUGGCGCGCUUCAACGAGCAGAUCGAACCCAUCUAUGCGCUGCUACGUGAGACCGAAGACGUUAACUUGUCCCAUGACCUGCUGGAACCUGAGCCGACUGAGAUUCCUGCCCUCAAGCAGAGCCGAGAUCGUGCUGCAGCAUCUGCAGGAAACUCUGCGAGCGGCCCACACCGUGAAGCCUGGUCUAACAAAGGCUCAUCCUACGCCGACCUGUACACCCAGAAUGUGGUUAUCAGCAUGGAUAAGCAGGAGGAACAGCAGAAGCAGGCCAGUGAGGGCAAGGCACCUAAGGAGAGGCCCGUCUGGUUGACCCAGAGCACCGUGCAGGGUGCUUACAACGAGCCUGACAUCCUCAAGAACCAUGGAGACGUACCUGGAGCCCAGGAUGGAGCAGCUGGUCUUGGAAUCAGCCAGUCAGAUGAAAAUGAGGAAGUGAUGCGGGCCCUGCUCAUCCACGAGAAGAGGGGCGUGGCAGCAGCAGGCGGAGGUGUAGGCGGAGCGAGUGCUGCUACCAGAGGGCUCGCUUCCGCCACAGCUAAUGCCAGCGACUCCGACAGCGACACCAGCGAAUCAGACGACGAACCCCCUUCGAAUCCUCUGCCCGCCGCAGCGGCUCAGCUUCGGGCCGAGGAGGAGGAGGAAGAGGACGACGAUGAGUUCGAGGAGGUGGGCGACGAGCCGAUGGUGAUGGUGGGAGGUCGGCCGUGCUCGUACCGAGAGGUCAGCCAGAGGCCGGAGCUGGUGGAGCAGAUGUCUGCACAGGAGAAGGAAGCGUACAUUGAAAUGGGACGAAACCUCUUCCAGGACAUGUACUUCUGAACACACACACGCACAUCUCUAUCUGCAUACAUGAAAACACACUCACUGAAAGAAUAUGAUGGAUUGGCUUUGAGUUCCCGACUGUGUACUUCUGCUGUCACACACUGUCAAUAGUGAUAUCUAGGGAAAUAUCUGUGGACACAAACUCAAGAAGAAAACAAAUGCUGCUCAAGAAGUAUUCAUGCUCUCAUAUUAUACGAACAUUAUAAGGACGUGCUUUGACAGUGUUGACUAAGUGAUCACACCAUUAGUAUUCUGUCCUAAGUAUUUUUUACUCUCACCAAACCAGCAUGGAGCUAGCCAGCUGCCGUUUGCCAACCUGUUUUUUGUUAGUCUGUUUUAUUUUCAUCUCAGCUGUAAGUUUAACAGGCCCUCUUACACCAGUUUAGCCGUAUUUCUCUGUCGCGCUUCUCUCAUGCAUCUGACACAACCAAUAUGCUUUAAUCAAUACAGCUGUCUACACACAAGCCCAUGCCUUAUGCUUCAUGUCUAUUUUCUUCCAACUCGUGUUGAUCCACAUUGAUCGUGCGUUGGGCUGCGAGCUCUGCCAAAAGACAUGUGAGUGCAUAGCAGCGCUGUGGCUGAGCAGCGUGACACCGGAGGACCGAAGCUGCUGCUGUUGGUCCGCUGUCGCGCCGCUUUCACUUCGCUGCCAGAGCAGACGAAGUGUUGGCCCGAAUACUUUCUGUCUUUCUGAAACAAGGUUGGACUGGAUUUUACAGCUUAUCUCAGGCGAGAGAAACAAGAAGAUGUGAGUGAACUGUUGUACAGGAAAGCAUUUGUUAUUCUGAGCAAUCUGUAAUAAAAAGAUACUGCAGUACAGCAGCUUGCAUUGAUGUAUAAUAAUGUGUGUUUAUAGAGUUAUGAAUGGACAAGUAAUUAGGAAUAUAAGGGGGUACUGUGAUUUUUUUUU